ACACUCGGCUGCGAGGCAAGACUCCAGGACCACCACAGAAACGAAACCCCUCCUCAGAUCUGCAGGAGAUCAGAGACCAUGAGUGCAGAGACAUGAACACAUGAGUCACAGGAGCUGAAACUAAAACAAGGACUUGACUCAGAGGGAAACGGGAACAACUUUGCUCUGGAUGCUGCGGAGAUGCGCAGAAAGUGACCGGGAUCCUCAUCGCUUCUACAGUCAACAAGUUAUAAAACGCCAUGAAAGACGACUUUGGAGACGAGGAGGAAGUACAAUCUUUUGGAUACAAGAGGUUCGGGAUUCAGGAGGGCACCCAAUGCACCAAGUGUAAGAAUGACUGGGCACUGAAGACCUCCAUAGCUCUGCUCUAUGUGCUGUGUACUCUCCUCACCAUCGCUGUUGCUGUACUGGGAUAUAAGGUGGUGCAAAAAGUCGACAGUGUAUCUGAAGGUAUUGAAAACUAUGGAGGAAAGAUAAUUGCUGUUGAGACUGAUUUAAAAAAGCUUGAUGAUCAAACUGGGGAGAAAUCAGAGAAUACCACCACGGAGAUCCAGACGUUUAAGAACAACUUUUGGGCUCUUCAGAGGCGGCUGUCUGCGGUGGAGGAACACAUCCAGCGUGAUCAAGUGAAGCUGAGUCAGCUGCAGAAGAUUGGCUCUGACAUUCAGAGCAGCCAGAGCUCCGUUCAAGGACUGCUCAGCAGCAACACGGCUGCCUUGCGCUUUGUGAAUGGCACCCUGCAGUCUUACAACAGCAUCCUCGAAAGUUUACAGGAGGACAAAGACAGGCUUCAGAGGGAGCUCCAGCAGCAAGUCAAAGUGCAAAACCAGGCGCUGCUCAGCAUCAGCAACCUCAACCUCACUCAGGCCCAGCAGAGGGGCCUCACUGUAGCCUUGCAGCGCUCGGUUGAUGAAAAAAGCCAGGCAAUUGAGAAAAUGCGCAGUGAUUAUCACAGCUUGGAGCAGACUGCCAGACAGACACGCUCUGAUACUGAGUGGCUUCGCGGUAAAAUGGAAAACCUGCAGGUCAUGGCCAACAACGCCUCAACUCUAGCUAAAGCCAACAACGACAGCCUGGAGGAUGUGGGGGCACAGCUCACUUUCAUGACCAGUCAGAUCCAGAACACCAGCAGCCUGGCUGAGGCUCACGACCAGACGCUGAGGGAGAUCCUGGACCAGCAGAGGGACUUCAACAACCUCACGUCCACAAAGUUUGAUCGUCUGGAGGUGCGGCUGGACGAGUUGGAGCAAAGCAUGGACCGUGUGACGGGCAAUAUGAGCUUCACAACACAGCUUCUGGGUGCCAUAAACCUUAACCUGAAUGAUUUACGCACUUGUUCCGAAACUGUCGGUCGUCACUCAGACUUCCUGCUGAACCUCAACAGCAGCGUGACGGACGUAAGGACAGACGCAGCCAGUCUGAGGUCACAGCAGGAAGAACUGGCAGCACGAGUGGACAAGGAGGUCACCAGCCUCUCCAUUGUUAUGGAGGAGAUGAAGCUGGUGGACACCAAGCACUCACAACUAAUAACCAAUUUUACCAUUUUGCAAGGUCCACCUGGUCCCAGAGGACCACGAGGGGACAGAGGACUUCAAGGACCACCUGGUCUGAUAGGCCAAAAGGGAGGAAAAGGAGAAAAGGGAGCUCCAGGGAUAAGAGGACCCAGAGGAGAAUUAGGUAGUCCAGGACCACCGGGUCUUCCAGGGUUAAGGGGGCUCCCAGGUGUGCCUGGCAGCCCUGGGUCCAAAGGCUCCAGGGGGUCAGGUGGCAGAGCUGGACCUCCAGGAGGUAAAGGAGAACCAGGGUCUGCUGGUCUACCUGGAAGAGAUGGACAGCCUGGUCCGCAAGGGCUACAAGGCCCACCGGGCAUCCGUGGACCAAUUGGACCAGCUGGGGAGCAGGGACCAAGAGGACUGCCAGGACCAGUGGGGCCCCCAGGGCCUGUGGGACCACCGGGRCUACCAGGGAUCUCCGUACAUAGUCCAGUAGUGCCUUUUGGACCAGAGUCUCUGCAGGAUGAGACGGUUUCUCUUGCGCUGUGGGCCCCAGGGUGCCCUGUUGGGUGGGUGAACUAUAGACACAGAUGCUACCUUUUCUCCAAAGACCUGCUCAGUUUUGAUGAUGCACAGGCAGCAUGUGAAUCCAAAUCUGCAACGUUACUGAUCAUCACCGACAUGGAGGAAGAGGCGUGGCUGGAGAAGCAAAUGGUUGGAAAAGGCUACUUUUGGAUGGGUUUGACGGACAAAGAGGAGGAGAACGUGUGGCGCUGGGUGGAUGGGACCGAGCCUGCUUUCACAAAGUGGAAGCCUGGACAGCCAGAUAACUGGGGCCACUUCCAUGAAGCUGGAGAAGACUGCGCCGGUCUUAUCCAUCAAGCAUUAUGGAACGAUUUCUUCUGUGAAGAUCACAUUAGCUACAUCUGUGAGAAGGAAAUUGAGACCUCGGAAACAUAGCAGCGCGAUGAAUGGAAGUGAACAGUGAGCAGCUAUACUUCGUCUGUGUGGCACUGGUCGACUGACGCAGCACGUGGAUGGUCCAGAGCACAAAGGGAGAGUAUUGAGAUGAGCCCCGUGCUGCAGCAGCAAACGUUUUUGAUGCUGAAUCCUCCAAAGUGGUGAAACCAGUUCAUCAUUACCAGCAAGUGCAAUACAACAGGGCAUCCAAAGGAGGAAUGUUUUUUUAUUACCAAAUCACCAAUGGAUUUAUAUAUAUAUUUUUAUGGUUAUCCAAAACAAAUACUUUUUAAAAACUGUACUCUUUGUACGACUAAAUAUCUGAAUGUCUAUUUCACUAGGCAAGUUUUGUAGGGAAGUAUAAAUAAUAUGAAACCAAAUGAACUAAUUUGUAUGUUCCUGUCCUAUAGAGUAUAAAAGGUGCAAAAUGAUGCGCAACAAAACAUCUCGCUGA